AAAACAAAUAAGAUAGUUUUCAUUUCACCCCGCCAAACCAAAUUCCAAGACAAUAAAACCUUAACCAACCAAUUCGAUCAGAGAGAGAGAGAGAGACAGAGAGAGAGAGUUCAGAUCAGAAUCUCCAGAUUGGAGAGAGCCCCAAAUCGGAGGCCGGCGCAGUCGAGAGAGCCCCAAAUCGGAGGCCGGCGCAGUCGAGAGAGAUGCCCGUGUUCAAAACCCCAUUCAACGGCUACUCCGUGAAGUUCAGCCCCUUCUACGAGCACCGCCUCGCCGUCGCCACUUCCCAGAACUUCGGAAUCCUCGGCAACGGCCGUCUCCACGUCCUCGACCUGUCCCCUUCCCCUUCCCCUCAACCCAUUUCCCAACUCACCUCCUUUGACACCGCCGACGGUGUCUACGACCUCGCCUGGUCCGAAUCCCACGACUCCCUUCUCGUCGCCGCCGUCGCCGACGGCUCCGUCAAGCUCUACGACCUCGCUCUCCCCCCUACCUCCAACCCCAUCCGCUCCCUCCACGAGCACUCCCGCGAGGUCCAGUCCGCCGACUACAACCCCGUCCGCCGCGACUCCUUCCUCACCUCCUCAUGGGACGACACCGUCAAGCUCUGGACCACCGACCGCCCCGCCAGCGUCCGCACCUUCAAGGAACACGCCUACUGCGUCUACUCCGCCGUCUGGAACCCCCGCCACGCCGACGUCUUUGCCUCCGCCUCCGGCGACUGCACUCUCCGCGUCUGGGACGUCCGAGAGCCCGGAUCCACCAUGAUUAUCGCCGCCCACGAGUCCGAAAUCCUCUCCUGCGAUUGGAACAAGUACGACGAUUGCUCGAUCGCAACGGCGUCCGUCGACAAGUCGAUCAAGGUCUGGGACGUGAGGAAUUUUCGGGUUCCGGUUUCGGUCCUUAACGGGCAUGGCUACGCCGUGAGGAAGGUGAAAUUCUCGCCGCACCGGAGGAGCCUGAUGGUGUCGUGCUCGUACGACAUGACGGUGUGUUUGUGGGAUUACAUGGUGGAGGACGCGCUUGUCGGGAGGUACGAUCAUCAUACGGAGUUCGCGGUUGGGGUUGACAUGAGCGUUCUGGUUGAAGGGCUUCUGGCGAGUACUGGUUGGGAUGAGCUUGUCUAUGUUUGGCAGCACGGGACUGACCCAAGAGCGCCUUGAAUAAAAGGAUAUUUAUGGUUAGCCAUGAAGAUUAGAAAGAACAUUUUGGCAUCUUCUUCAUCAUUGGUACAAAGUAAUGUUGUUGCAGCUGAUGCUGGAUGGAGAAGAUCUCUGGCAGAGAAGGUUUUUUGGAUUAACGUGUUUGCUGAGUUUUUGGCCUGCUCCUUUCAUAAAUUCCCAACUUCAUAACAUAUUAUAAAUACAAAGAAAACAAUACCAGUUGU